ACCUCGGGCGAGCUACGAGGCGAGGCAGUCAGUCGCUACUUUCAGCUACGACAUGCAUAACGCAUGAGAGCCCGAGCGAGAUCUUUCUAACCCGUCUCUCCUCCGUCGCCAUACACACAUACACAUACACUUACACACUUACAUACAUACUCUCUCACUCUUUCUCUCUCGCUCUCUUUUUCCUUAUACUCUCUCAUCACACGCUCUUUCACACAUACACGUAUAUCGUAUGUAUACGCACACGUACACUCACGUAAAGAGAGGGACAUCUACCACCAGAAGGAACACACACGCACGACAUCAUAUACCUACUCUACUCCCGCCGAGUCGAGUCUCUUCCGUUCCGCGAUUACCGUCGUACGUCCCUUUACGCCGAGCCGGUCGGUCGGUCGGUCGCUGCUCGGUCGUCGGUCCGCGGUGGCAACCCCCGAGUGCAGUCGCGUCGUGCAUCGUCGUCAUCGGUACGCGUUCACUACGUCGGGGCUACAGACACGCCAGUGCGGAGUAAUCCUUGCAUCACCGUGGACAUCGCCGUCGUCGUCAUCAUCGAGACAAGAUUAGUGAUUACUCGACAAGUUCGAAUCCCCACCAGGAAUGUGUGACCUCGGCUGAAUCGAUAUCCUCGUCGCGAGUGACUUCCCGACUCGAUUCGAGGGUUGGUCAGUACAUAGCCAGGAAGCGAGCUUUUGUUUCACGUGUAAUUUUCGUGCAGGAACGAGUGGCCGGGACAGGGCUGACAACAGAGAAAGAGAGCAAGAGGAAAAAUUGAAUUCCGGAGCGCCGCGACAGAGCGGUGCUCCGAUCUGGAGACGCGCUUUUCCUCCGCGGGGACCCACCCCGUCGGAGUGAACGAGAGAAAUAGUAUAUCGACAAUCUUUUUUCACUGCGAAUUCGUCGAUGUUUCCGUAUUGUUGCAUACAUGACAUUUUUGAGAAACUAUGGACGAAACUUUGUCGAGAACGACCAGCUUUGUCUGGUCCCCGGUGCGUCGACGCGAACUGUGGAUUGUGCAACGAGUGAUCAGUGAUUCCUAAGAGAUCUACUUUUCGAAAAUCAUUCGAUCGUGAGGUGACUAGACAUAUAAUUAAUAACAGUUACAUUUGCAGUUCUGCGAGAAGAUUCUAUCGACAGAAGAUUCUAUCUCGAUUCGUUCUCGUGGGAAUUCUUCAUCAAAUUAUAAAGUCUUCUUUUUUUCAUCUAUAAACGAAAAUAAGGAGUUCACGGGACUGUUUGCGAAAGGAGAGCGAACAAAAAACGUACCCCGUGGACAAUCCACGGUGGAGAAUCACACCGAGAAGGUUUCACGAAGCCUCUCGACGAGUAGGAAGUAGAUGGCCGCUACCACGUACAUGCCGGUUAGUAGCGCAGUGUCUACCGACCUUGAUGGUGGUUCGGGUACAACGAUCGGGAUGAACAUCGCCGUGGGUGGCUAUUCCUCGGGCUCGCCCCGCAGCGCCGCCGACGCUGGUGAAAUGAAGUACAUGACGGCGCCGCAGCAUCAUCACCACCAUCACCAUCACCAUCAGGUGACGUCUUCGCCGUCGCCAAACGGACUUUCCCAUCCGGCGAGUCUUUCGUCGGCGAAUCCCUGGGUGAGCUUACAGCCUGGUAGCGAUCCUUGGGCGGCCUCGAUGGGUAUGCAUCAUACUAGCCAUCAUCCCCAUCAUCAUCCCCAUCAGGCAAAUACGAGUCUCGAUGUGAAGCCGUUAACUGCAGCGGCCGCGGCGACCGCGACGGACCAGGGGAUGCACCAUCGGGGGCCGCAUCAGUCCCCGGGCAUGGCCUCGCCGCACUCUUGGCACGCACCGGUUGUCCCGUCGGCACAUUAUAACCCGAGCGGUGGUGCGGCCUCGCCCACCACCCUCCAACAGUACCAUGCAGCGAUGAACGGUAUGCUGCAUCAGCACCCUCAUCAGCAUCCACAUCAGUUGCACAACCAUCAGACCGGUCUACCUCACCACUUGAGGGACGCGCACAAUCAUAGUCCACCGUCGGGGCAUCCUUUGCACGCGGGUCAUCCUCUCGACAGGGAUCACAGCGCCGGCGAAGAAGACACACCGACAUCGGACGAUCUCGAGGCCUUCGCCAAGCAGUUCAAGCAACGGCGCAUCAAACUCGGCUUCACUCAGGCGGACGUCGGUCUCGCGCUCGGUACUCUCUACGGCAACGUCUUCUCGCAGACGACAAUAUGUAGGUUCGAAGCUCUACAGUUGAGCUUUAAAAAUAUGUGCAAGCUGAAACCGCUGCUACAGAAGUGGCUAGAGGAAGCGGACUCGACGACCGGAUCGCCGACGAGCAUCGACAAGAUUGCUGCCCAGGGUAGGAAGCGAAAGAAGAGAACGUCGAUCGAAGUGUCGGUAAAGGGUGCGCUCGAGCAACACUUCCAUAAACAGCCAAAACCGUCGGCUCAGGAAAUCACCUCGCUGGCGGACUCAUUGCAACUUGAGAAAGAAGUGGUCAGGGUGUGGUUCUGUAAUCGGCGGCAAAAGGAAAAGAGGAUGACGCCGCCAAAUACACUCGGCGACGGCAUGAUGGAAGGUAUGCCACCGGGCCACCAGAACCAAGGCGGUCUUCACCAGGGUUAUCAUCCUCAGGAUCAUCUGCAUGGUUCGCCCAUGGGUCACAGCCACAGUCCACCAAUGCUCAGCCCUCAGGCCCUCACGGCCCAUUCGCUUGCGGCCCACUAGCGUUCGCCGGGGCCUCCCCCGUUGGGCCUCGCGGUAACCUCGCAGAACUCGGCGAAUGUGUCGUCAACGGCAGAGACGACGACCUUGCCGCCGUUCUAUCAUCACUACCUUCAGGCACGAACCGGCAGUUACACGACCUCGUAGCUGACCGACUCGCGGCGCCCUUUCUAUCUAUCGGACAGUGGCGCUCGUUACCAAGAUGAGGGUACGGAAUGGUGGCUCGUUCGACGAGGUUCAACGGGGUUUAACGAGGCCGAGACCGGUCCACCGGGGAGGCUGAGGAGCUGACGCGUACGGUCGGUAAUUUUUUGUCGACCUUGACCGCGCGCAUAGAUCUGGAGAGAGGAUGAAAGCUGCGGAUGGAACAGACGGAACAAGAGAAAUAUGGAAUAAGAGAGGAUAUGUUGCCGUGAUUAUCGCAGCCGUCGGCGAACAUCAUGAUCAUUCUUCGCUCGAAUUCUUUAAGAUAUCUUCGUCAUCGAAAACUCAUCCUCAUCAUCAUCACCGUCAUCGUCAACUCGUCGUUGCUCACAUGGCUCCAGCUAUUUAUCGUCCAACGACGAUGUCCCGGUGAUAAGUGAAAUGUCUUCAUCGUGCUUUUCGUGACGCGACGCAAGAGGAGCCGCCAGUGGCGUUCUCUCGAAGGGUACCAUAGACGGUCGUGGUGAUGACGUUCCUCCUUCGCGCGGCCAGGUCGGAGCCCGUUCGUCCGUUAGUUAAGUCCGAGCUGGAUUGCGAAUCUUGUUGGCUGUUUGCUGUUGUUGUUGUUGUUAUUUCAUCAUCGUCGGUGAGCGGAAGUGGUUAACUCAGUGGUCUCCGACGGGGACCCAGGAAAGGAUGGUUAAAUAACGAGGUGCGCGGACGCAAAGUGGACUCGGGUGAGGGUGCGGUUAAAAAGAAUGGAGGUGUUCUCUGUCUCUCGCUCGCAAACAAAGCGGGAAUAUCGGACACGAAACACGCAUCACAAGGAUGCCUUUUCGCGCGCGUGCGAUUUUCCCUUAUCUCCCGCGGGGUCCGAAAUUCGCGACGGACGAACGGGCGUCAAGAAAAGAACAUACGUAAGAAGCGAGUGCUGUGUUCGCGCGGGAUUUGCUCGAAGCAAACCCAGCGGAUGAUGUAACAUAAGUAAAUAUGGACUGUAAAUAAUGUACUAGAUAAAGCUAGUAAGUUAAGUGAGAGAGAGCAUGAAUCGUCGUCGUCAUUGUCGACAACGAGCGAAAAAAACAGACGCGGGAGCUGGAAUAAACGGAG